AGCCGAUCGGUACCAUUUGAAACCCAUCGCCUCCCUUGGCGGCGCGACACUCGCGGCCUCGCCGAUCAGCCUGAAUCCCUCGCCUCGCCACACCGUCCGUCGUUGGUCCACACCGCCGAUUAUAUUCGCCGGGCUGUGUCGCGCUGACCGGUAACGGUAACGCCUCCGCGCUCCAUCCGUUCCCACGCACCACGCGGGACCGUAACCGAUGGAGGAACUGGCGGAGCUCGCCGACACCAUCCUGCAGGGCACCGCAUUGCUCGCGGACGACGACCCCUCCGAAGAUCGCCCGAGCCGCCGCGGCUCGUCCUUCCUCACGGUCGUCGCGAUCGGCAACGUCGGCGCGGGAAAAUCAGCGGUGCUCAAUGGGCUCAUCGGCCAUCCCGUGCUCCCUACCGGGGAGAAUGGCGCCACAAGAGCCCCAAUCUGUGUCGAGCUGCAGCGGGACGCAUCACUCAGCAGCAAGGCCAUCGUUCUGCAGAUCGAUAGCAAGUCGCAGCAGGUUUCCGCGAGUUCCAUCAGGCACUCGUUGCAGGACAGGUUGAGUAAGGUUUCCGGCAAGGGGCGGCCGGAUGAGAUCACUGUGAAAUUGUGCACUAGCACAGCCCCUCCAUUAAAACUAAUUGACAUACCGGGCGUUGACCAACGGAGCACGGAUGAAUCAAUAAGCAACUAUGCUGCACGCAACGAUGCAAUUCUACUAGUUAUCAUUCCAGCUCUUCAAGCGCCCGAUGUGGCAUCUUCUCGAGCUCUAAGGAUUGCCAGAGAAUUGGACUCAGAAGGUACUAGAACCAUUGGUGUUCUAAGCAAAAUCGAUCAAGCUUCUGGAGAACAGAAAGCCCUGGGUGCUGUUCAGGCCUUGCUUGUGAACCAAGGCCCAAGAACUGCAGCGGACAUCCAAUGGGUAGCUACAAUUGGCCAUUCUGUUCCUACUGCCUCUGCUCAGUCUGAAGCAGGUUCUGAAACACCGCCGGAAGCUUAUUGGCAAGCAGAAGUUAAAACCCUUGUAUCUACUCUUGGUGGAGCUCCCGAAAGUAAGCUUGGGAGAGUAGCUUUAGUUGAUUCACUUUCUAAGCAGAUAAAAGCAAGGAUAAAAGCUAGGCUGCCAAAUCUUCUAAAUGGUCUCCAAGGGAAGUCUCAAGUUGUCCAAGAUGAAUUAGCAAAGCUUGGAGAACAUAUGGUCCAAAGUUCUGAUGGAACCAAAGCAAUUGCUUUAGGACUUUGUCGAGAAUUUGAGGAUAAGUUUCUGGAAAACAUUGCUGGGGGUGAGGGUGCCGGUUGGAAAGUUGUUGCUAGUUUUGAGGGAAAGUUUCCAACUAGGAUCAAACAACUACCUGUGGAAAAGCAUUUUGAUAUGAAAAAUGUCAAAAAGGUUGUUUUGGAGGCUGAUGGUUAUCAGCCAUACCUGAUAUCACCUGAAAAAGGCUUAAGGUUCCUCAUAAAAGGGCUUCUCGAAUUAGCAAAAGAACCAUCGAUACUCCUUGUGGAUGAGGUUCACCGUGUAUUGCUAGACAUAGUAUCAUCUGCAGCAAAUGCAACUCCAGGACUUGGUAGAUACCCUGCAUUUAAACGAGAGGUAAUUGCAAUAGCAUCUACUGCUCUAGAUGGUUUCAAGAAUGAGGCAAGAAAGAUGGUCGUUGCACUAGUUGACAUGGAGAGGGCAUUCGUACCUCCCCAACAUUUUAUUCGCUUAGUGCAAAGAAGGAUGGAAAGGCAACGCCAGGAGGAGGAGCUGAAGAACCGCUCUACAAGGAGGGGCCAGGAUCCAGACCAAAGCAGAGAUACAACCCCACAAAAAAAUUCACAUCAAGGAGAGAUGAAACAGGCAUCAAAUUUACAAGUUCUAGGUCCUGCAGGAGAAAUUAUUGCUGGUUUUUUGUUCAAAAAACGCGCAAAAGCAAAUGAUUGGAGCAAGCGAUGGUUUGUUCUAAAUGAGAAAAGUGGAAAGCUUGGAUACACAAAGAAACAAGAGGAGAGACAUUUUCGGGGUGUCAUUAAUUUGGAGGAUUGUAAUCUUGAGGAUAAUUUAGACGAUGAAGAUGCUCCAAGAAGUUCGAAGGAUUCCAAAAAGGCAAAUAUGGUAGAUACCGGAAAAGAUUCUAGCCUUAUGUUCAAGAUUACCCACAAGAUUGCAUAUAAAAAUGUGUUGAAAGCUCAUAGCGCUGUUAUACUGAAAGCUGAAAGCAUGAGUGAUAAAACUGAAUGGAUCGCCAAGAUUAAGGGCAUCGUCGACCCAAAAGGGCUUUCUGCAAAGAAACCAAGCGCUUCAGAAGGCGGUGCCCCAGUGAGGCAAAGCCAUCCAGAUGGUUCCCUAGAACCAGUACUCAAGAAACCUGUGAACCAUGAAGAAGAGCUUCGAUGGAUAUCCCAGGAAGUCCGUGCAUAUGUGGAAGCAGUCCUCAACAAUCUUGCAGGAAAUGUCCCCAAGGCUGUGGUUCUCUGCCAAGUAGAGAAAGCCAAAGAAGAUAUGCUCAGCCAGUUAUAUACUUCUAUAAGCACGCAAAGCUUAGCCAAAAUCGAAGAGCUAAUCCAGGAGGACCACAACGUGAAGCGGAAGCGUGAAAAGUUCCAGCUGCAGUCGUCGCUUCUUUCCAAGGUCACUCGGCUGCUCAGCAUCCAUGACAGCCGGUCGGGCAGUGCUGGUCUGUCGACAGAUUCUGCUGGAUCAGAGAGUAGCCCGAGGAACGGCGGACACUCUGGUGACGACUGGAGAUCUGCAUUCGGAGCUGGAUCGGCCAGUUGGUCUACUGGAGCAGCCAUUGCCGGCCGCCGCGUACCGAGUCGAGGUCCGCCGCCGCCUCCACCAAAUGUUGGCUGAUUGUGAGCUUUUUUAGCAGAACAUGUAUUACUCAAAACAAGGUGAACGUAUAUAGGCUUAUGAAUCGCAGAUCGUGGAUUAAUAGAAGAGGUAGAUUUUUUUUCAACUAUUCACAUUAAUUAGUCCUGUACUAGGAUCGAUUCAGCGUCUGUCCGAUCGAGGCAUUCCGCCACCGGAUACUUUUUUUUCAUCUUCUCAAAUAUCAACUGUUGUCUCC